CGGCGGGCGCGUGCGGGUCGGGGGCGCCGCAGCCCCCAGCCCGGGCGGAGCGCGGGGCCGGGCCGGGCCGGGGCCACCGGCGGCCGAUGUCCGUGCUGCACGGGCGCCUGCGGCGGCGCGCCGAUGUAGCUGGGAAGGCUUUGGGACUGUGGUGUAGGUCUCGGGGCAGAGCCUGCUGGAGGCACUGGAAGUGGAUUGGUUCCUGGUCAUGCCCGGUGGAAGGAGGGGACCCAGUCGGCAGCAGCUAAGCCGUUCAGCUUUGCCUUCUCUGCAGACUCUGGUUGGGGGGAGCUGUGGCAAUGGCACUGGUCUGAGGAACAGGAAUGGUAGUGCCAUCAGCCUUUCUGCUCCUCCAAUCACAGCCCUGAUCACCCCAGAACCUGUGCGUCACUGCCGGAUCCCUGAGUUGCCACUGGAUGGCAGCCUUCUCUUCGAGUUUCUCUUCUUCAUCUACCUGCUGGUGGCCCUCUUUAUUCAGUACAUCAAUAUCUACAAGACCGUCUGGUGGUAUCCGUACAGUCACCCUGCCUCCUGCACCUCUCUGAAUUUCCACCUCAUUGACUACCAUUUGGCAGCAUUCAUCACGGUGAUGCUGGCACGGAGGCUCGUGUGGGCCCUCAUCUCUGAGGCUGGGGCUGACAAGUCUUUCUCCUGGGUUCUGAAUUCACAGGCCUCUCAGAUGGGUGCAACGUCAGUGAUUCACUACAUGGUGCUGAUCAUGGUGCGUCUGGUGCUGCUCACCUUGUGUGGAUGGGUGCUCUGUUGGACUCUGGUGAAUCUCUUCCGCAGCCACUCAGUCCUUAACCUCCUCUUCUUGGGCUACCCGUUUGGUGUAUACGUCCCACUGUGCUGCUUCCACCAAGACAGCAGAGCACAGCCCCUGCCGACAGACUGUGGCUACUUGGUGCAGGACCAGAUGGUGGAUGAUGGGGCUGCAGGGGUCGGCAGCUUGGUCAAAUCCAAAGACUUCUUCUCCCUCUUGCGGGAGUCCCUGAAAGAACAGUUCAAUAACCCUACAUCUAUCCCCACCCACAGCUGCCCCCUUUCCCCAGAUCUUAUCCGCAAUGAGGUGGAGUGCCUGAAAGCUGACUUCAACCGCAGAAUCAAGGAGGUCCUCUUCAACUCCCUCUUCAGUGCCUACUACGUGGCAUUCCUGCCACUGUGCUUUGUGAAGAGCACCCAGUACUAUGACAUGCGGUGGUCCUGCGAGCACCUCAUCAUGGUGUGGAUCAACGCCUUCGUCAUGCUCACCACACAGCUGUUGCCCCCCAAGUACUGCGACCUGCUGCACAGAUCAGCUGCUCACCUGGGCAAGUGGCAGAAGCUGGAGCACGGCUCCUAUAGCAAUGCCCCGCAGCACAUCUGGUCUGAAAACACCAUAUGGCCACAGGGCGUCCUGGUGCGACACAGCCGGUGCUUAUACAAGGCAGUUGGGCCUUACAAUGUUGCGGUGCCUUCGGAUGUCUCCCACGCCCGCUUUUAUUUCCUCUUUCACCGUCCAUUACGGCUACUCAACCUGCUGAUCCUCAUCGAAGGCAGUGUGGUCUGCUACCAGCUGUACUCACUGUUGCGCUCAGAGAAGUGGAACCACACACUCUCCAUGGCGCUUAUCCUCUUCUGCAACUACUAUGUCUUAUUUAAGCUCCUCCGGGACCGGAUAGUAUUAGGCAGAGCAUAUUCAUACCCUCUCAACAGCUAUGGACUCAAGGCACAUUAACCUGCCACCAGCGCCUCGGGGUAGGGAGGGGACCUCAGAAAAAAAUAUUUUCGUACAGUUCUAUUUUUUUCUUGCGAUGUUUAUAAAUAUUUAAAAUAUUUUA